UUAAUUUGAAACAAAGAAAAUAUUUUCAACUUAAUUAAGGAUUCAGACAUUUCAGGGAUAUAUGUAGCCAGCUAAAUUCCGGGAAUGAGGUCCUCAGCCUCCGGUGUCAUUGGUGAAUGACCGAAGAUGUCUCACAGCAGGUUGUUUGCCAGGCUGCUUUUGCAGCAGAUUGGAGUCAGGCACUGUUAUACGGGGUCAAGGAAGAACCUCUACAUCACUAAGAACACGAAGGUCAUCUGCCAAGGUUUCACAGGGAAGCAGGGAACAUUUCACAGUCAGCAGUCUCUUGACUAUGGCUCCCAGUUAGUCGGAGGUGUUUCCCCUGGAAAGGGUGGCAAGACGCACCUCGGUCUGCCCGUCUUCAACUCAGUCAAGGAGGCAAAGGAGGGCACAGGGGCAGAUGCCACUGUGAUUUAUGUACCUCCUCCAUUCGCGGCAGCAGCCAUCAUCGAGGCCAUUGACGCAGAGAUGCCCCUGGUGGUGUGCAUCACUGAGGGCAUCCCCCAGCAGGACAUGGUGCGAGUCAAACAUAAGCUCCUGCGCCAGAGCGCCACCCGCCUCAUAGGCCCCAACUGCCCAGGAGUCAUCAAUCCUGGAGAAUGCAAGAUUGGUAUCAUGCCAGGUCACAUUCACAAGAAAGGAAGAAUUGGCAUUGUUUCCAGAUCGGGUACCCUGACGUAUGAAGCUGUGCACCAAACUACACAAGUAGGCCUGGGACAGUCACUCUGUGUUGGUAUCGGCGGGGAUCCAUUUAAUGGUACAAACUUCAUAGACUGUCUGGAGGUGUUCCUGCAGGAUCCCAAGACGGAGGGCAUCAUCCUUAUUGGAGAAAUCGGGGGGAAUGCGGAGGAGAAUGCAGCAGAGUACCUGAAACAGCACAACUCUGGCGCUAAUGCAAAGCCCGUGGUGUCCUUCAUCGCAGGACUGACCGCUCCUCCCGGCCGGAGGAUGGGCCACGCGGGCGCCAUCAUUGCUGGUGGAAAGGGCGGAGCCAAAGAGAAGAUUGCAGCCCUCCAGUCAGCUGGAGUUGUAGUCAGCAUGUCCCCUGCUCAGCUUGGCAGCACUAUGUUCAAGGAAUUUGAGAAGAGGAAGAUGUUGUAAAUCGUGCGGGAAGGCAACCGACCUUUUACCCCCUGCCUUGAAAUUGAGACGAGCAGCCUGAUUCUGGAGGUGGAUAUGCCCUACGGUGUCUGUAAACCCUGAUUAUUUCAACUACGAUGCGCACAGCCAGUGUUUGUAUUGUAAUUUCUGCCAUGAACUUAUACCUUGCACAUAGCAGAAGAAUAAAAACAUAGUGUCUUAAUGGUAUCCUAAAGAACUCAUUGUACACAGAGUCAAAGCUUCAUAGGUGUGUUCUUUUUUUUUUCCUUCCUCCACACAAUGUCAACACCUGAGGGAAGGAUGAUUUGUUCCGUUCUGUUCUACUCCUGCUGUAAGAUGUAUUCAUCACCCAUUUCACCGGCUGCCCACCUGAAUAAGAAGUAUUUCUCAUAUCAUUUUGCACCUGUGUUCUGUCUGUACUUUCUCCUGGCACAUGUGAGAAACAGAUGUGGUGCCAUUAUUGAAUGUCUGUUUCCAGAUUUUUAGCAGUGAGCAGCAAACUUGCAAAUGAAUUCAGAAGGUGCCAGUGACAUUGCACGUUCAGAAUAAAUUCCAAGGUAAAGCGUUGAA